CUCGCCCCCAGCUCCUCCCCUUACCCAUGUGCUCCGCAGAGCUGAGCUCACCCCUUUCUCCUUGUCUGAAAUGUGUGUCAGUGGGGCAUGGCUCGGGCUGUGUCACAUGCCGUCAACACAUGAGCCGUCUGCGAAGGCAUGCCAGCGCCCGACUCCUCCGCUCCCCUCCUGGCUAGGAAACCAGCGCUUGCUAAUCCCGGAGUGAACCAGCAACCCUCACCCACAUAGAUACAGAGAAAUCGCCAACCUUAGCCGCCCCAGUUAGAAGCACGUGGAAGCGGCAAUCGUCAGCCGAGGCUGCCUUCUGGAAUCUAAAGGCAUUCGGGCAGCUGGCGGCUCAGGAGUGAAUACACCCGAAGGAGCAGCGGAGGAGAAAGCUGGGUGGCCAAAGACAACCCCCCCCCCACACACACACACGGCCCCCUGACACUCCUGCCUGCCUCUCCGAAAGGGGCCCGGGUGAAAUUAAGGACAAGCAAGACAGAGAUCACCAUGGAUAACAGUCCUGGCGGCGUGAUCCUCUACGUGGGCUCCACGGCCGGCUCCAGCCCCACCCCGGGCAGCCCACCUGGCGGCUACCUGGUGCCCUCCCCACAGCACUCCCUGCCCUCGUCGCUGGAGGAGCUGACGCUGACCGAGAUCGGGGCCAUCAAGCCGCAGGGCUCCAGCUCGCCAUCCUCGCCUAAGGUGGCCUUCCAGUUCCCUGAAGGGGUCAGGUACCCCAGCAAGGGCCAGUCGCCCCCCACCCAGAGCAGAGUUGCCACGGCCAAGCAGAAUGGCGUGACCGGCACCUUCACUAAGACGGGCGGGAUGGUGCUGCUGUGCAAGGUGUGCGGGGACAUCGCCUCCGGCUUCCACUACGGCGUCCACGCCUGCGAGGGCUGCAAGGGCUUCUUCCGGCGCAGCAUCCAGCAGAACAUCAACUACAAGAUGUGCGUGAAGAACGAGAACUGCAUGAUCAUGCGCAUGAACCGCAACCGCUGCCAGCACUGCCGCUUCAAGAAGUGCCUGGCCGUCGGCAUGUCCCGCGACGCGGUGCGCUUCGGGCGCAUCCCCAAGCGGGAGAAGCAGCGCCUGCUGGACGAGAUGCAGAGUUACAUGAACAGCCUCAACGAGGCCCCCAUGGACGUGGGGCUGGGGCCCGAGGGGGAGGCGCCCCCCAGCCCCGACGCCCAGGAGGAGGAGGCCAUCGGCGCCAUCUCGCGGGCCUAUCACGACAUCUUUGUCAGCGGGCAGGACCGGCUGGGCAAGCGGGCCGAGCCCUACCCCUCGCUCAGCUACGCCGACCAGCAGCUCAACAACGGCUACGCCUACGGGCAGUACGACUCGGCCGGCCUGCCCCUCCCCGGCUACGGCGCCUGCCCCCAGGAGGCCCCCGGCUACGUGGACAACGGGCCCCGCCGCUUCGGCAACGACAUUUACCAGGCCCAGCAGGCCGGGUACCUGGCCAACGGCGGGCACUACCCCGCCUUCGAGUACGGCUACUCGGAGGGCAGCCCCCAGAGGGCGUGCCCCUGGCGCUCCACCACCAGCAGAGGCAUUGCGUGCCCGCUGAACGCCAGCCCCUACUGCAGCAACGGGAAGAGCAGCCAGCAGGUGUGGGAGGAGUUCUCCCAGUGCUUCACGCCCGCCGUCAAGGAGGUGGUGGAGUUCGCCAAGAGCAUCCCGGGCUUCCAGUCGCUCUGCCAGCAGGACCAAGUCAUGCUCCUCAAGGCGGGCACCUUCCAGGUGCUGAUGGUGCGGUUCUCCUCCCUCUUCAACCCCAAGGAGAAGGUGGUGACGUUCCUGAGCGGCGAGACCUACUCGCUCUGCAGCCUGCGCUCCAUGGGCAUGGGCUGCCUGCUGGACGCCAUGUUCGAGUUCAGCGAGAAGCUCAGCUCCCUCGGGCUGGAUGCCCAGGAGAUGGCGCUCUUCAUGGCCGUCGUCCUUGUCUCGGCAGAUCGCUCUGGCAUCUCAGACGUGGAUGCCGUGGAAAUCCUUCAGGAGACCCUCAUCCGGGCCCUGCGGACUCUGGUGACAAAGAAGCACCCCGACGACUCCACCCUCUUCCCCAAACUCCUCCUGCGCCUUCCUGACCUGCGGACCCUCAACAACCAGCACUCGGAGAAGCUCCUGGCCUUCCGGAUCGAUCCUUAAGCCCACCGGAGACGCCCGCCCUCCGAGCCUAGGGGGAGAAGGAUCAAGAACAGUCACCGGACCCAGCGCCUUGGGCGGCAUUUAGCUCUUUCGAAGACGAGGAAGGAGGGCUCUGGCGCUGCCGGGCAGCACGUGGCCUGUCGGAGCCGGGCUCUGCCAGCGCACGUCCCCCGACCCGGGGCGAGCGGGUUCAGGAGGAGAGUUCACACCUCCCGCACGGCGCUCUGUGCAGCACAGCAAGGCCUGGAGAGCGAAGCGAACAUGCAUCUGAACUGACCACACCAACAAAGACAUUGUAUAUAUGUGUAUAGAACUCUCUCUCUGUAUUGUGCUGAGCUUCUAGUCUGUAUAUAAGAACCUGGAUAUGUUGUACAUACAGCGCGUCGGUAGAUCUCGGGGGCACGGCUCACCCCACUCAUGUUUCAUUUGACGACCUGGUUCCUUCUUAGGGUGCAUGCUGCUUUAUCCCGUUCCUCUCCGCCUCCACCCUCCAGCCGUACCAGCCCUCUCCUAUGGAGAAAACAGCACCGAUGGCUUGUGGAGCUGCGCUCUGUGGAUGGCAUAAGAUAGACUGGAUCAGGAAGUGAUAUGCAAGGAGCCUUUUUGUCAGGGAUGGUAGGAGCACUCGUCCGGUCCCCAAAUCCUGACCUGAGGCCAGACGGAGGAUGGUGUAAAUCAGGAGAGACUCACUAAAGUCAAUGCUGUGCUUUUUCCUGGCUGGUAUUUUUUUAAAAAUGUCUCACGCCAUCAGGGCUUCCAGGGAGUUUUUGGAAGAGGCUCGGCCGGGCAGGGGUGGGAUGUGCUACCUGGAGGGGGCGAGGGGCGCUGUCUCUCAGAGGGGAGAGGUUGAAGGAGGCAGAUCUUGAGUGCAAGCACACUUCCAUUAAAGAAACAAAUGGCUCCGUUUUGUUCUGCUCCCAUUCAGCCCUGCCCUGCUCUAACCACUAGACCCCAUCCCCAAGCCAGGAAUACUGGCUCCCAUUCCUCACCCCACAUGGUCUAACCAGUAGACCCCACUCCCCUCCCAGAGCCACAGUUACAACCCAAAUGUCCUAAAUCCCAUUCCCCCCAUCCCAGCCACUAGACAACUCCCCCACUGCAGAAGAGAAUGGCUCUGGUUUUGUGGGAGAGGUGGCACUUUAGACUGUUACAAGAUGGGGACAAGUCCGGGGACCAAAAGUGGGGCCAAAGCUCCCCGGCUUUGCAUUUCGAUACAGAUCAGAUCCUGAAGGUCCACGGGGAGAGGGAACCAGCACAUCAGAAGGGAGCACUUUAUAGCUUGUGUUUGGUUCUUUGCCGAGCUCACACCAUCUGCAGGACGAGGGGGAGCCGGGCCGCGCCUCGGCUCCUGGCCCCGCCGCUCUGGUCUUUGUUUUUUUUAAAAAGAGCAACAAAACUUUGCACUUUUCUGAAAAAUAUAAAUGUACAGAAAAAAAUAAACUAUCCCCUAUCCCAGCUCGGAGCAUAUCAGCAAAGGGAUGCCCCCUGGGGCACGGCUGCUAAAAGCCCUAGUGCCUGGCAGUGGAAGAAAAGAAAUGGUUUAUUUUUGGUCUAAUAUUGAAGUGCAAUAAAUAAAAUAAA